AUGCUGGCCCAACUGACUGCUUCUGGGCACGCCCUCGAUACUGUCCUCGAGAUACUCCAAUUCAUGGACUCCAAAAAGGUCAACCUCGGUGUACUCGUGUCCAUUAUAUGCUGGCAUCCGGAAUUUCCAGCUCUCGUCGAAAACGCGAAGGUUCAACAUGCACGGACGUCCCUCACUCAUAUGCCAGAUAUCAAAAAAUGGAUAGAACGCAUCUACCGUCCUCCUAGGCGACAUAAUGCUGGGAUCAGUACCGAGGGCGCUCAUGCGGCACUGCGGGACUUCGCGAUGGAUGUCGUCUCGCAGGAACUCGAGCAAGAGCUCAAAGCUCUCGACCCCAUCAUGCGAUCAAAGCAGGACGAGCUGUCCGAGGAGAGUGUUCUCUCCAUUAAGCUCGCAGAUAUGGAAAAUAAGGUCACCUUGGCUGCUCCGAAAAUGUGGAGGCUUCUCCGCGGUGUUUCGUACAGCGCUGUUCAGGAAAAGCGAAACACCAUGAAAAACCCGAACUCUACUGUGCUUAUGAUGAUCACAAUGAUAUGCUACUCACGCUCGCACCACCUCUGCCGAUUCCAACAAAUGCUCAGCCUCUACUUCCGAGCAUGCGGCCUCGCGAGUGUCGCGUUCAACACGCUCAAUGCGUUUUCGAUCUGUAUGAAUCAAAAAUGGGUCUAUCCUGCAGUGGAUCGACUGGCUACCACGGCACACGAAGCUCUUCGGCGGGACAUCGAGAGCUACCUAUGGUUUGGCUCCCACGACAAUAUCAACCGCAAAAACAAGAAAUUCGAGCAGCGGCUUGACAACCAGUGCUCUUUCGAGAGCGGAACAGCUGGAACAAUCUACAUCAUCAAGAAUCCCACCGUUGCUCGUUUGGACGCACGCGCUGUUCGCGAACAACUUCAUCGGGGAAGCCAGGAACAGCUGUCCUUACGAGAUCUCCUCCUCAUGGAUGCGAAGGCUGCUCCGCGCAUUCUUGAGCGCGCAGUUUACCACGUCCUGUCGGUCCUUACGGAGGCUCCAGACUUCGAGUUCUCAAGCUAUCAGUUCGCAGAUCACUCCGUCUUCCAGCCGCCCGCGCCCACAGUGCAACUGCCGACUGGUCCCGAACAUGCUACGGUUGCGUACAUGCUAAACACAGUCAAGAUAGAAGAGGCGUCAUAUGAAGGCAACAUACGCGUGAUGCAGGAAUGGGAACGACAGCUCGGCUUCAAUACUCAAGAAAAGAAACAGAAGCUUGCGCGCGAUGCGACUCUGGUCUGGGUUGGCGAUCAGCUUACGGUCUCACGUCUACGUGGCAUCCAACGGUUUCGCUGCGCUGACAUGAAUGCCUACGAGCGAAUGGAUCACGUUGUUCCUCAGUAUGGCUGGUUCCACCUUGUAAUCUCGAAUCUGGCUUCGCUCCACUCGCAGUACUACGGGACCACUAUUGGACGCGGACUGGCCUUUGCUAUCGAGCUGCUUAACCGUAGACGGCUCAGUGCAACAUCAGUACAAGGCCUAUUCACACACGACAUGUCUGAGCUCUUGGACCAUCUCGGGACAGCUAGUCUGCGCGAUGCUUGGUGCAAGGUGGCGAACGUCAAAUCACUCUCGGAUCUGGAGCUACGCAACCGACAACCCGAGGAAUUGAGGGCUUUCGCUGAGAAGAUCGUUGCUGAAUACGCAUCAACGAAGGCACUCGAAUUGCACCGCGCAAAACCGAAGGCGCAGCAUGACGAGCAGCUCCAGCAGCGCAUCCAGUUCAAUAGAGACAUCCUUGAUUACUUCGACAUCCGUGACUCAAUCAAAUCUGGCGAUGUUGGGGCACUCGAAGAGCAACUUCCACGUCUUUUCAUUCGCUUCCUAGGUGGCAAAAACUCGAACUACCACACUGAGGUCUUGGGUCUCAUGCACUCGAUGUACCGGGAGUGGACACCCGAGUUGCGAAACCACGUCAUGCAACAUUGCUGGCUGGCAAACACUACCGGACGCCCGGAUUCAUUUCUCCCAUUCGAUCAGCUUCAAGAGCAUAAUAUUCGGGAUUUGAAGUACAUAUUCGAGCUCAUGGGGCCAUACGCAACGUGGGAGCUACUUGGUCGUAUGUCCGCGGCCAUCCCGUGUCUACGGAAGCUGAAAGACCACAUCGAAAGCGAGUUCAACCACUAUCACCGCGGGAAAUCGCAUACCAGCCCAGAUGCCGAGGAGGACAUCGCGAAGCUGCACCAGGCGCUACGUGACUCGAAGGUCCACCAAUACAUUGCAGGACGAAGGGUUACGAAGAAAAACAAAUACCCAGACGUCAUGCGUGAAGGUAGCAAUCCCGUGAAGAUGAAAAAGGCAUUGGAUUCGUUUUACGAGAAACGCGAGUGCGAUCGGGUAACAACGGAGCGCUAUGUCGAACGUGAGAGUACAAGAGGGACUACAAACACGGCUGCUACUACUGGUCCAUAG